UCCCCGCACACAAUCAUUAUAGAAGAUCAGCAUCAUCAUCAAUAUACCAGAGGAUCAUCAGAGACCACCGUCCAGAUAAUUGACCUCGCGUCAUGGCAGCUGCUUCAUCUUCAUCCGCACCUGCCUCGGGGCAGGAAGGCGCGAAGCAACAGCACCUCAUCGUUGUCUCCAAUCGUCUACCAGUCACCAUCAAGGCAGAUCCACAAGCCGAGGGAGGCUACACCUUCUCCCUCUCGUCAGGAGGGCUUGUAUCUGCCCUCUCUGGAGCAAAGAAGACCAUGCACUUCACCUGGAUUGGCUGGCCGGGACUCUCUGUGCCUCCACAGGACGAAGCAUACAUCGCAGAGAAGCUCAAGACUGAUUACAGCUGUGAGCCGGUGUGGUUGGACGAUGACGUUGCCGAUGCCCACUACAACGGCUUCAGCAACUCCAUUCUAUGGCCACUGUUCCAUUACCAUCCCGGAGAGAUGAGCUUUGACGAGCAGCAUUGGCUUGCAUACAGAGAGGCCAAUCUAAGCUUUGCAGAGAAAGUUCGGGAGGUGGUCAAUGAAGGCGACAUGGUCUGGGUGCAGGACUAUCAUUUGAUGCUCCUCCCUCUCAUGUUGCGAACGCUCAUCGAGGGCUCGUCUCUACAAGGCCCCCAUUCUCGUCGGGAGCUUGAACAUGUCAGACACGGAGUUGAUGGAACAUCCUUUUUGCAAGGAUCAGAAGACCUUGCACCACCUCCGGGAGAUCCGAGAAACAAGUCUCAUAGGGGUGGGGCGGCAGUGGAUGAGAAGGGGUCCGGAAAGGGCACAGCUGAUGGCAAGUCCAGUAGAGGGGCGAUUAAGAUUGGCUUCUUCCUCCACACACCAUUCCCUAGUUCGGAAAUCUACCGUAUUCUUCCUGUGCGGCGAGAGAUCCUCUUAGGUAUCCUUCACUGCGACCUGAUCGGCUUCCACACUUAUGACUACGCUCGCCAUUUCCUCUCUGCCUGCACGCGGAUCCUCGGCGUUCCAACGAUGCCCAACGGAGCGGAAUUCGAAGGCAGAUACGUCCACGUAGGCACUUUUCCAAUAGGGAUCGAGCCAGCCACCUUCCACGACGGUCUGAGGAAGGAUGCAGUCGUCCAGCGCCUCAAGGUCCUGGAGAGGAGAUUCGAAGGGGUCAAGAUCAUCGUCGGUGUCGACCGGCUUGACUAUAUCAAGGGUGUCCCGCAGAAGCUUCACGCGCUGGAGCAAUUCCUGACAGAUCACCCAGAGUGGGUAGGUAAAGUGGUACUAGUUCAGGUAGCUGUCCCUUCGCGGCAAGACGUCGAGGAGUAUCAGAACCUCAGGGCGACGGUGAAUGAGGCUGUUGGCAGGAUCAACGGGCGCUUUGGUACAGUAGAAAGUAUGCCGAUUCAUUUUCUGCAUCGCAGCGUGUCCUUCGACGAGCUAUGCGCCCUUUAUGCCGUCAGCGACGCCUGCCUCGUCACAAGUACCAGGGACGGCAUGAAUCUCGUCUCUUACGAAUACAUUGCCUGUCAGCAAGAGCGCAACGGCGUCAUGAUCCUCUCUGAAUUCGCCGGGGCAGCCCAAUCUCUCAAUGGUUCCCUCAUUGUCAAUCCUUGGGACAAGUUUGCCGUUGCAGACGCAAUCCACGAAGCGCUCACCAUGCCUUCUGAGACUCGAAGGGCGAAUUUCGAAAAAUUGAGUGGUUAUGUGGGCAAACAUACUGCUAGUUGGUGGGGAAGUAGCUUUGUUAAUGAACUGAGAAAGAUCAAGGUUGGGGAUUUCCCUAUCAUGCAAUGAAAGUCGCAGCAAUUAUCACAGUACAAUCUCCUCGUGGACUCGCAAUAGAUUUCGUUCAGCUGAUGGCUUAGUAGAUCGCGGGAUGAUAUUGACAAAUGUCAGACUGACAAG